AUGGGCCGCAUUGUCAGAGGCGCGCGGGCGCAUGUGUGUGUUUUGUGUUUGGUUCACUCCUCCACGGCGCAGGAUCUUUCCAUCGCUUCCGCGGAAGAACCCGUCUCUGCUGUCCCACUAAAGAUGGAGCUAUCUGCGGCAGGCGACCGUGUGUUUGCCGCUGAGGCCAUCCUGAAGCGCCGCGUCCGUAAGGGACGGAUGGAGUACCUAGUGAAAUGGAAAGGAUGGGCAAUAAAGUAUAGCACAUGGGAACCUGAGGAGAACAUCUUAGAUGAACGACUCGUUGCAGCGUUUGAACAAAAAGAGCGAGAGCAAGAGAUGUACGGACCUAAAAAGAGAGGCCCGAAACCUAAAACGCUGCUUCUAAAGUCAAGAGCGCAGGCUGCAGAGACUUCCCCAAGAGUCCCGGAGUUCAAGCAUAGUCGUCCUCAGCCACAUUCCAAGCCUCCUCCACCCUCAGCUGCACCGUCCUACACCCCAACUGCCCCAUCUAAUGCUAAACUGCAGUCGGGCGCUGCUCAGCCCAAACUGAAAAAAGACAUUCACCGCUGCCAUCGCAUGGCACGUCGCCCCUUGCCCCGCCCUGACCAAACAGUCGGUCCCUCUGGUCCUUUUUCGUCCCGUCCGACAGUCAGUCCGUUUUCGGAAACGGUCCGUAUUCUCAAUCGAAAAGUCAAACCCAGGGAAGUGAAGAAGGGACGGGUUAUUCUGAACCUCAAAGUGGUUGACAAGGCUGGGAAUGGCGGAGUUGCUAAUAGUAGAAGGACACACAUGCCCGCUGCCCAGCAGUCCCAUUUUGGGCGGCAGAAAAUUCCAUCCCGGAAUAGAGUGAUUGGUAAAAACAGGCGGUUUGGAGAAGUCUCCUACCGAGGAAUCCAGUCCCCAAUUAGAAGUUCUGGGUUUCCAGUUUUCGGAAAACUCUUCGAUUCUCACUCUCUGAACAAUGCAGAGAACCAGACUCAAAGCGGAGAGAGUCGCAACAACACAAACAAUCUCUCUUCCUCCAAAAGUUCAAAGGUCCUGGACGUUUCCAAAGGUCAGACUCUCAAUGAUGAACUGCCUCCAUCAAACUCAAGCUCGGAAGUUUCGGAUGGUGAGCCACCCUCUCCGCGACAAACCCAAUCCCAGCAUUCCUCAUUGCCACCCAAGACCUCUGCAACAAACGCCCAAGAUCCUGCCCCUCACAAAGUGGGCGCUCAACCCGUGGCAUCCAAAAACAGCUCGGGUCCUUCUGCUCUUCCAUCCUCUCCUAUGUUUUCCUCUUCCUCCUCAGCGUCGUCAUCCUCAGAAGACAACGAACACAUCCUAGACCUUUCCGUACCUCAUGAAAUGGACAGGCGAUUGCGGAGACGGCAUCCCUUCUCUGGCCGUCGGCCGCUCAAGGUCCCAGAGGUUCCUGUGUCAGAGGAGCCAUCGGAGGAAGAGGAAGAUUUGGACUGGCAUCCUGACAUGACAUCCCGAUGUGCCAAUGUGGUCGUUACGGAUAUCACAGCUAACCUCCUCACCGUAACCAUCAAGGAGUUCUGUCAUCCACCGUCCGCUACCUCUCCUCCCUGCUACCCCAAAAAUAAAUCGGCUCAAAACGACACACAACAGCCAAAGCAUCCCCCUAACAAAACAUGAGUGCAGACACCACAGAUACAGCCUCCUCUAGCCUUCAAAAAGGGAUGUUAGGAGGUUUGUUAGUAGAUUGUUUACAGUUUCAGCUGCCUGAUGCUCAUGCGAGCCUUUGUUAAGAGAUAUGGCCAAGCUGUCCACUCUACAACACUGUGCCAUGACUUUUAUAACCAUGAAAGAAUGUCUUGGGUGAAGGUUUUUUGGCUCACUGUGUUUAAUCUGAAUACAUCAACUUUUCUUACCAAUGAGAAAAGAUUUACUCACCAAUGGCUUCUUCCAAGCAAUUUACUUUAUGAUAUUUAUUCCAUAUAUCAUAACUGUAUGUGUGUAUAUACAUACAUGCAUGCUACCAUUCAAAAGUUUGGGGUUUGUAAGAUUUAUAAAUGUUUUUGAAACAAGUCUCUUAUACAAUAUAUAGUAAAAAAAAGUGAUAUUGAGAAAUAUUAUUACAACGGUUUUCUAUUUAAAUAUAAAUAAAAUGUAAUUUAUUCCUGUGAUGUCAAAGCUGAAUUUUCAGCAUCAUUACGCCAGUCUUCAGUGUCACAUGAUCCUUCAAAAGUCGUUCUGAUAUGAUGAUUUGAUCAAGAAACAUUUCUUAUUAUCAAUAUUGAAAACAGUUGUGCUGCUUAAUAUUUUUGUAAAAACUGUGAAGAAACUUUUUUCAAGAUUCUUUGAUGAAUAGAAAGUUCAAAAGAACAGCAUUUAUUUGAAAUGUAUUUAUUUUGUUACAACUUAAAAGUCACUUUUAAUCAAUUUAAUGCAUCCUUGUUGAAUAAAAGUAUUAAUUUCUUUUACAAAUCCUACUGAUCCCAAACUUUUGAAUGUUUUACACACAGUAUUGCAUCUUCAAACUCAAACUGCAGCAUUUUCGAUCAUUUCUGUGAGCGAAUGUAUUCUGUAUAGCAUCAAAAACAUUGAAAUGUACUGUAAACCGCAAUUGAGGGCUCAAUUUUAAGACCUUUUUAGUUAUAUAUUAUAUUCUAAGGAUAUUUUCAGAGUCCAAAUUGAUCAAAAUAUGAAUAAGAAUUCACUUUGGAGAGUAAGUAACCAGUUGUCCGAUAAUUUGUUAAUAGCAACAUAAUACAUAUUUUAAAUGUAAGUCUAAUGUAAGAACGGUAGUCUGAACCUCACCAGAGUUUUUCUUAUAUUGUCCUAAUAACGACAAUGAAAGUGGUGAGACCUUCAUGGCGUUAAAACACAAAAACAUUAUUUUUUGUGUGAUUACCUGCAGUGACGGUUGCGAAUAUUCAAGAGAAAAACAACUAAAUAUAUUGUCAUAGCAACAAAAUAAAAUUUCUUUGCUAGUAUAUUUCUUAUAUGAAAAUAUUUAUGGCCAUAAAAGUUCCUCAGUUCACCUCUCAUUGUGGCACAAAGUUAAUUUUGGACCCUGGUUAUUUUUAUUUUUAGUUAGGCUUUGGCAUGUGGCAGGAUUCCUGACACAGGCACCUCCAGCUUUAAGGGUCCCCACAGCCAGUACCUUCAUAAUGAAGCAGAAUAACAACCAUCUAUGCCAAAUUUGUAUGUUUUAUCUCAGUGUUUAUGCCUGACGAGUGUUUAUAGUGCUGUCUUACCCACAUUACCUUUCACAGAGGUUCUCAGUAAACAGUAAGAAAAGCUCAGGCAAGAGAAGAGAAUGAAGAAUAGGAAGUUUUGUUGUUGCUAAGCUGAAAUGCAGAGAUAAUUGCCAGAGAUUCAACUACAGAAAUCUGAGCCAGAAAGCCAUGUGUUCCUUCUAUGCUUUUUCUAGAUUUAUCCUCUAAUUUAGCUCAAAAUUUCAAAAAGGGAGCAGUAUUGUAUUGAAAUCUAGAUGUUAUUUGAUGGACUCAUUCAAGAAACCUUAACUAUUAUUUAAUGACUAGUGUAUUCAUGUUAAUGUUGUUUUAUUUUUGCCUUUUUAAAGACAUUUGUUCAGCUAUUUUGUUUCUCACUGAAGUGUUCUUCUGUAGUAGAGACUCUAAAUGCUCUAAGUACUGCAAAAAGCUUUGAGUUCAAAUGAAGACAAUAAGGUCAUCUUUCGCUCUCACUUGGAAUGCUAGGAAUCACUUUAAGAUCAUUUAGCUCUCUAUUUAUGAUCAGGGAUGGAAAAAUCUCAACAGAGAGAGUGUGUAGUCUGUGACUGUUUGCUUAGACUUUGGUAAAGGGCAUUUUGGGAAAAGCCAGCUUUUGAUCUAGUCCUGACGUGGUUGGAACGGUCUCUACCCUCAAGUUAGGUUUUAAUGAGAACUGAAGUUUAAACCUCAUGAGCUUCGGUCUUGAUGCAAGCCAGUGUCAGUUUUUAAAUGAGAAAAGGCACAGGCGAAACACACUGGCCUGAUGAAGUGGAUGGUGAUGUCAUUGAUAUGGAAACUUUUGCUGUGGCCAAAUACAAUGUUUAGGGCUUUGCUUAGGGUCAUAAAAUGAGCUCAUAAUGCAGUUUCCCUUACGUUCUUGGCGUGCCUUGUUCUUAAUGUCCAACAAGCCUUUUAUAUACUUUAUUUAAAAGUUGAGACUUGAUUGAUUGACUCGAAAGUGAAUCACCAAAAGCGCCAUUCUAGAUUACCUUAAUUAACCUAAAUUUACAUAAGGUUGCUACAUACAAUUGCAGUUCUCCAACGUGGAUUGUCUUUAUUGUGGAUUGCUUUUUCGGUCUGUUUCGAUAGAGCUUUUUGGUUUUGUUGCUUUUGAAAAUCCAUUUGUCAUCAGAGAUCAAGCACUUAGUCCUGCUUUCUGCAGCUUUGUGGUUUGCUCCAACAUUGUUGGUCCUAAAUCUCUAAUAUUUGCUGCAAACACUGGAUAUUCUGACCCCUGUGGCCUCCCCUGUAAUCCCACUUAACCAGCACUUCAAGACUUGUGCUUAGGAAGGGGAUGAGAAUCAAGAUUUCCUCUCAAAAUCCCCAUCAGGAUUGCUCUGAGUUCUCGGCAUCAUUCUGUUUAUCCCACUGAAUCCUGACUCUCAUAAUUCCUCCACAUGUGUUGACGGUUUAUCUCAAACCUCCAUGAUGAGGAUGAUUUAAGGACACAUUCUCUCCUUGACCUGUAAAGAAAUUGAUUUUUAUUGUAAUGGAGUUGUUUGUUCAGCCAUAUUGUUUGUUCAGCCAUAUAUAUAUAUAUAUAUAUUAUUUUUUUUUUUUUUUUUUUUUUUUUCAAAUGGCAAAUUUGAGGAAUUGCAAACUCCUCGGCACUUAGAAUGCAUGUUUUCAUGUCUUAUUUAAACAGAUUAAACGGUAAUGCACUCGUGCCUUUGUGCAAAGGAAGAUUUUUGAAAUAUGUAAAUAUUUUCAAAAGGAUCAUGCAUAGCUCUUUUUUGAUGUGAUUCUUUUGAAGGAUGUUUGAAUAUAUGGAAUUGGCUUUAGUUCUGGUUUCAUGUACUUCCAUUACUUUUAUAUACAAAACAUUGUAUUUAACUUUUUGUGUUGCCUUGAUAAAGCCUAAAAGUACUAUUAUCCUGUAUGCAUUUAGGUUAACUCCUAAUAGGGCGUUCAAGCUACAUCUACCAAACUCAGUACAGUCCUUCAGGCUGUUCUCACUUCUUUUCUAAUUGAUUGGACUUCCUUUCCCGGAUUUCCCAGGAAAGUUUCUCAUUGUAAUUCCUGAGCUUUCAAGCUAUGUCAACCAGAUAUCUUAGAAUCGGCUAGAAGUGGCCUAGCUGCAUAAGAUUUGAACUUCAAAUGUUCAGGCUCAACUUUCUCCAGCUAGCAUUCUUAUUUACAAGUUCUUAUUUACAUUUGCUGUCUUGUGCAACCAGGUCUGUAUCGUUAGCUGAGUUAGCAGUGUUAAGCACACAGAACAUGUGCAAAUCAUUAAUGCCCUGACUGUUUGAGAACAAGCCCUUAAACUGUGUUCAGGAGAUCAGCUCCACACUGCUGCACUGUGUAACUUCUCAACCAUUCUGUGUAGACAUUUUUCUGGCUACAGUAGUGAUUUUGUGUGUGUGUGUGUGUGUGUGUGUGUGUGUGUGUGUGUGUGUGUGUGUGUGUGUGAAAGAGAGAGAAAGGGAAUACAUUCUUCUUUACCUGUAUAAUAAGUGCUGGAAUUUGACACUCCAUCUCAUCUUAUUCACAUAUUAAAUGUAAAUAAUUUUUUUUUUUUUUAACAAUGUGGGAACCUUUUGGGGUCCCCCCUUUCAGUCUGAAACAACAGUCUGAAAGCUUGUUAGCCAAUUUUAUUUAUUGAUUUAAUUUUUUUGUUGUAAAUAUUAACUUUAUGCUUGAUUUUUAUUUUGUAAUGGCCAUAGCAGAAUUAUAAUUAUUUUUCAUUGCUUUGAUUAUGUAUUGUGUACAGAUUUGUAACUGAAGUGUUGAAAAUCAUGGUAAUUUUUGUAUUGUCUUUGAAGUAGAAGUGUAGCUAAGCUCACUGGCCCUGUUUUAAUAAAGAAAUUGCAUUUGUGAUUUUGCAAA